AUGGAGGACUCAGUCGAGCAAACAACCACGACCAAAAUUCCAAACAACCACACCAACCCAAGUCCCAAGUUCCAACCCGUUGGGUCUGGCAAGUCUGGGUGUCUGGGUCUCCCCGUGUUUUCGUUCCCGCCUUUCCCGCCCUCGCGGGUUCAGACCGACCAAGACCGACCCAGCUGUCUGGGUCCAUCGCUCGCUCACCCUGAGAUUCUGACACUCUCAUCCACCCACCCACUCACUCACUCACUCACUCACUCACACUCACUCACACACAAAGCUCAUACACUUCCCCCCUCCCGCCCUCCACCUACCUCAACAACCUUAAUCUCGAGCUCAAUAAUCCAAACUUUGUUUUUCCAUCGGGAUCUGGUCUGGUGUUCGCCCUUAUUUGCCACUGCUCUUGCGAACCUUCUCGGCUCCGAUUCUCCUCGUUAUCUGCUCGGUCGUUCGAUUCUUCGCCGUUCAUCUUUGAUGUCCAACUGCAUCCCCCGCUCCUUUACAACAGAUUCGCAAUUGUCUCAAUAG